CGGGAGAGACAGGAAGUGGGAUCGCAGCUCAGCGCCGAAUCCCGACACCUCCCUUCCUCAGCCACAGCCGGGGUACAGCACCGAGAGCCAGGAUGUGGAAAGCAGCUGCAGGACACUCUCUUUCCAUCUCUGCUGAUGACACAGACGAUUGGGAGACUGAUCCAGAUUUUGUGAACGAUUUAAGUGAAAAGGAACAGAGAUGGGGAGCAAAAACCGUAGAAGGAUCUGGUCACCAAGAACACAUCAACAUCCACACUCUGAGAGAUAAUGUGUCUCAGGAGCACCAGUCCCUGAAAGAACAUGAGCUGCAGUCUGGACCACAAGCUUCUCAUGGUUAUGGUGGGAAGUUUGGGGUGGAGAAGGACCGUAUGGACAAAUCUGCAGUUGGCCAUGAAUAUCAGUCCAAACUAUCCCAGCAUUGCUCACAGUCGGAUGCGGUGAAGGGCUUUGGUGGGAAAUUCGGGGUUCAAACAGAUCGAGUGGAUCAGUCUGCAAUGACCUUUGAUUACCAAGGGAAGACCGAAAAGCAUGCAUCCCAGAAAGAUUAUGCCAGUGGAUUUGGCGGAAAAUAUGGGGUGCAGGCUGACCGUGUAGACAAAAGUGCCGUUGGUUUUGACUACAAGGGCAAGACGGAGAAACAUGAAUCUCAGAAAGAUUAUACUACUGGAUUUGGGGGAAAGUUUGGCGUGCAGGCAGAUCGCGUGGACAAGAGUGCCGUUGGAUUUGACUAUCAGGGAAAGACUGAGAAACACGAGUCACAGAUAGAUUAUUCCAAAGGCUUUGGCGGUAAAUACGGUGUUGACAAAGACAACGUGGACAAGAGUGCUGUUGGGUAUGAGUACCAGGCCAAGCCGGAGAAACAUGAAUCCCAGAAAGACUAUGUGAAAGGGUUUGGAGGAAAGUUUGGUGUACAGACAGACAGACAAGACAAGUGUGCGCUUGGCUGGGAUCAUCAAGAGAAACUGCAACUACAUGAGUCCCAAAAAGAUUAUUCUAAGGGGUUUGGUGGAAAGUAUGGUGUGCAGAAAGAUCGGAUGGACAAGGCCGCAGCAUCAUUUGAAGAUGUUGAGAAAGUUGCUCCAGCCUAUCAGAGGACACGGCCAGUGGAAGUCGAGGGGAAUAAAGCCAGUAGCAUUCGAGCAAACUUCGAGAACCUGGCGAAGGACAAAGAGCAGGAAGACCGCAAGAAAGCAGAAGCAGAGAGAGCACAGAGGAUGGAACGAGAACGGCAAGAACAGGAACAGGCAAGGAAGAAUUUGGAGGAACAAGAGAAAGCUAAGCCCGUGACUCCUGCAUCUCCUCCAAGACCUGCAUCUCCUCCAAGACCUCGCCAUGUGGUAGAAGAGCCCCCGGAAAGCCCUGUGUAUGAGGAUGCGACUCCAGUUUAUGAAAAGAAGCCUGAAAGCCCUCCUCGGGCUACCGAGCCCGUGUAUACGGAGGAGGCUACGUACCAGGAGGCCAUAAGCCAAGGAAAGGAUGUUCAUGAUGCGGAGGCAGUGUACGAAACCACGGAUGAUUACCAGGAUGUGGAAAAUACUUAUGCUGAGUAUGAAGGAGAUUUGGGGACUACAGCUAUUGCCCUCUACGAUUAUCAAGCAGCUGGUGAUGACGAGAUCUCCUUUGACCCCGAUGACAUUAUCACAAAUAUCGAAAUGAUCGAUGAUGGUUGGUGGAGAGGCCUCUGCAAGGAACGUUAUGGGUUGUUCCCAGCGAAUUACGUGGAACUUCGCCAGUAAAACACCAGUUCUUUAGUCUAACUGCACUCUCUCAUAGCAAGGAAGGUUUCCGCAGCCUGCCAGUCUGGCUUAACACCUUGUGGUUCUUUGCAGUGCCGGGACAUGUGCCAUCUUGUGCAGAGAUGGCCAUAACUCUCUCUUUUGAGUUUUGCCGUAAUCAACUGUGCUGGAUUCUUACCUUACAAAUCAUGUUAUCUAUAUUUUGUUUGUUUUUUCUUUUUCGGAGUGGGAGCAGUAUUUUUUCUUAUUUUUUAUAUUAAGAAAUCGUAUGUUAAGCUUUUACAGAGCAGUUUUUCCUGCAGGCUUCCUUUUAAGCCUUACGAGUACCUGAGUGAUGUGGAUCAUGAAUGCAAUGCACAUCCCUCUGGUCCUUUAACCGCCGGUGCUGGAUGUGCCUCCUAUGCAUUGGUAAUUGGUUAAGGUUGAAUAUGUGCCUCAUGCUGUUUGGGUGGCUUCACACCUCAUGGCUCAGAUUUUUAAGCUUUACAAACCCUGUGAGCAAGAAUAGAGGCUACCUUUAUUCCAGUCCUAAAGUUUACAUUCAGUGCUUUUCGUCUGCAGCAAACUGGUCUUAACGUUUGUGUUCCUGCGUGGUUAACAUGCUAUCAUAGUCUGCUAUAGUACAUGCUACAAAUAUUAAGUUCUGCUGGCUAAGUCAUGCUUUCACUAGCUGAACUUAGUGUGUCCGCUCUGUCUAUGGGGAUUUGCAGGUAUUGGUUUCCUUGGAUUAGCACCUCUAAGUGAACAAUACUGCAAAUAUUUAGGUAUGUCAUUCUGGAGGAGAUUUCUGGGGCCUUCUGGGACUUUUUAAUGGAAAUAAGUCAAGUGUACUAGACGGCGUGUGCUCAUAAUAUAAUUCUCGUGACACAAAUACAUCAUUUUACGUUAGUGCCAUGCUUUUCCUCUGCUCCAACACAGUGAGAAUUCUCUGAUUUUACGGAUGUUCAAACAGCUCCUUCACUUCAUAUCUAUCUUCUCGUCAACUCCGAUCCUUUCAGUGUUACCAAAAAUGCCAUAAAAACAAAAUGCACAGACUGCACUGCUUCCAAAACCUGAUUCAUCUGCUUUUAAAAAUCUAUUGAGUAGGAAAAAGGUCAUUGCUAAGGGUCAAAUACUGUUUUUAACAUGAAUUCUUAUACAUUUUGCAUUUUUUUUUCAGCGGUUCCGUUGCACUUUUUAAAUAGACAUUUUGCUACAAUUCCUGAAAGAUUAGCGUAGUCUAUUCUUCACUACAGGCAGUUUUGCUAUAAUCCACCUCAAUCGAUGUAUUUUGCUCCAGGUAAAUGACAUCCCUCCUACUAUAUGGUUUAUAUAUAAAAGUUCUGGACCAUUUAAUAGCCUGAAGCCAGAAGGUGUAACUGUGGCAUACAUUUCCCAUGUUGCACCACACCUGAGAGUUAUUAUGGGUAAUGUCUUUACAUGCAAUGUCCUGUUUAGUUGUCAUUGAUGUAGAGCCUGCAUAGCAAGCAUUUGUCAUUCCAGAUAUUAUUUAAACUUGAAACCCCAAUAUCCUCAGCAUUCUUUUUAACCAGGAAACGCCAACAAUUAACUCUUCAGUUGCUGGACUCUCUGUGGUGUUCUUAGAAUGACCAGAGGAGGAUGUUGGGACUUUAGAAAUGGUCCGUUGACUGCGCCUUCUAUACUGUAUGGGUUUAGAUGUUGCCUGCUCCUGGUGUAAAAGAUGUGGUGAGCUCCCGUAGCAGUGUAACACAAGCUGGGUGGGUUUUUAUGCUGUUUCUUUGAUCUGGGUUUUGCAUACAGCAUUUCAUGGAUGAUCUAUAAUUUUGUAAAUGAAGCUUCAAUAAAGUUUUUUUUUUUUUGUUCUUUUUUUCCAUCUAA